GUAAUCCCAAAUCCCUCCUUUUUACACUCUCACGCGAAAGCCCGUUUUAUUUGUAGGAAUUUUAAUUGAUUGUUUUUGUGGGGUUUCAAGCUAUUCUUGUGGCGGGUUUGGUUUUUUGAUUUUCGGAAAGCAUUAUUUGAAGUUCACUCAUCUUUUUGUUAGAUCUAUUAGGUUUCGAUUCCAUCCUCUUUAUUUUUUGUUUUUGUUCAUUUAUGAAUUGGAAUGGGGACGGAGAUAUUUGAUAUAGGGUUUUUGUUGGGAGAAUUGAUUGCUGUUUUUCCUUCUUUUUCUUGUAAGGAUGGGUGAUAGUUGGGAACUGAAAAAUAUUUAUUUUGCGAUUCAAUUACUAGAGUCAGUGAGGCCAUUGUAAAUGAACUGCAAUGAAGUUAACAAGUUAGAUUUUACUGCUUUUCUUUAUAAUGGAGAUUAGUGUAUAAGUUUUUUGAACUUUUUUUUAAUGCCAACGCUGGCGAAAAGGAUAUCUGGAGUGCAACUUUGCUAGUCUUUGUUUACUAAGAUCAAAUAAGUUUGAAAAGGGCUUUCCUGGGUCAGUGUAACGAGCUGGAUAGUUUCCUCAAUGCGUUUUGCUUCUAUUUUAUUGAGAGAGAUUAGUUUCAUGGGGUGACAGUUCCGUGGAAAAUCGAGUUCUUUCGGAGCACUUUUAAGCUAAUCUCGUGUUCUCUGUCUAUACUAAGCUGCUUUUGUUGUCAAUGUCAUCUUGUUGUCUGCUCCCGGUCUGAUGAAUUUACUAUGUUUUUAGAGCUAUAGUUCUUUAAAUGCAUGACUUUGCUCAAAGUUGACUUUCAAUUAAACCUGAUUUUUCUGAAGUUUUAAGUUUUGUUAUGUGAUUUUGUCCUUUCUUUUGUUCAUAGUUAUGAAUUUGUCUAGAGAACAUCUGCCGUCAAUGAAUGUUGCUGGGGGUAAUUUGUAGAUAGGUAGCUAAUAUUUGCUAUGAUGCAGUUCUUGAGUUAUGUUUGGUGGGAUAAGCUUGUUAUUUCGUUAUACAUUUGUAGUUGAAGCACAAAAGGACUGGUACCUUCAGUUUAUGGCUUCUCCAGGGUGGUUCAUACUCUACAAAUUUGGAGGCUGGUAUUAGUUUCUAGAGCACAAACUUCUGCUUACCAUUUUCGGGUUCUGUACUUAUGUUUCUGUGAGCUUGAAAGAGGGGAAGUGAUGCUAGCUUUAGAAUAUACUCUGAAUUGGUGAUACCUGAGUUCUGAGCUUUCAUGGAAUUCCUAGUGCCACAGGGUUGCCUUGAUAGACUGGUCUAAAAGUGUUUAAUGCAGUCAAAUCUUUUAGUGUCUGAUGGAAAACCUAAUAAGUAACAUCAACUGCAUACUUGGUGCUAAUAUAAUGUAGUUUAUUGAACUGAUAGCAUCAUCUAAUUGACUGUCUCAUUUGUAAUCUCAGUAUAAGCUAUUAUUACUUGUCUAUUCUAGCCAGAGGAGCCCGUUGUAAUUACUUUUGUCCAUUGUAGCCAGAGGAACCCGUGGUUGAGGACGAUGAUGAUGAGGACGACGAUGACGACGAUGAUGAUGACAAGGAUGAUGAUGAUCUUGAAGGUAAGCGUACAUAUGAAGACAUCCUUUGCCUGGCUUUCUCUAUUAUGAAGACAGAUCUUUUUAUGCAAUUAGUUUGUUUUUUUAUUCCCGGCUGGAUUAUGCAGUUGAAUGUAUUUAUUUAUACUUGCACAAAUGGAUGGUGAAUUUGCCUCGCUAUGUACUUGACUUGAUAUUUUGGUGGUUUGGUUCUUUGCGUAGCUGAAAUUUCCGUUUCAUGGUUAAGAAGAGGUUGACAAGUCAUGAUCUUAUUCUUGUGCAAGCUUGAUGUUCUGUAUCAAGAUAUUUUAGAAAGAGAAAGCAUCUCAAAAUAUCCGGUGCAAAAAUUAGAGAACAGUGUAGCUAAAAUUUUGUUGACAGCUCUGCUCCUUUUGAGUUGUAAAGUUACUUGAUUCUUGUUGCUUCUCACUACUAAGUCAUAUAAACAAUUCUGAUGAUUGCAUGCUGUAAGAUUCUUUUUUUUUUUUCUCUCCUGACUUAAGUGUGGUGCUAUUGAAUGAUGUGAAAGGACAUUAUAUUAGAUCAAGGAAUGUGUGGUAUUUAUUAGGUUAGAUGUUAUACUGUUUUUGCAUCCAUCUUCAGGAUUGUGGUAGUUAUUAGGUUAUAGAUGGUAUACAGUUUUGGCAUCCACUUUCAGGGUAUUUUACACUGCUUGUUGUUGACAGGACAAGCUGAUGGCAGCGGAAGGUCAAAACAGAGUAGAAGUGAAAAAAAGAGUCGGAAGGCUAUGCUUAAGCUGGGAAUGAAACCCAUUCCUGGAGUCAGCCGGGUUACCGUGAAGAAGAGCAAGAAUAUUCUAUUUGUCAUUUCAAAGCCGGAUGUUUUCAAGAGUCCAACUUCAGACACGUAUGUUAUAUUUGGUGAAGCGAAGAUCGAGGAUUUGAGCUCACAAUUGCAGACUCAAGCUGCAGAGCAGUUCAAAGCACCUAAUCUCAGCAAUGUGAUGUCAAAGCCUGAACCAUCGACUGUGCCUCAGGAUGAUGAAGAUGUAGAUGAGACUGGUGUAGAACCCAAAGACAUAGAAUUGGUGAUGACACAAGCUGGGGUUUCCAGGGCAAAGGCGGUCAAAGCUUUAAAGGCAGCGGACGGAGAUAUUGUGUCCGCCAUUAUGGAACUUACAAACUAGGAGUCUUUCUGGCUCUAUAUGUAGUCUUUCAAGACAUGAGCUGAGAAUCGUUCUUUUCCAUGGUAGAUUGUUGUUGCUUUCUGGACAUCCUUUUUCUAGUUACGCCUUGUUUUCUUCUUCAUGCUGUUAUGCUAUAGGUACACCAUAAACUGUCUGAGUUUCGAGUUGGUAGUAUACAAUCUCUACCUGGAAUGAAUGGUGCAUUAAGAUUUUCAUAUUCCCUGUGUGAUCUGGUUUUGUAUUCUUUUUGAGCCAUGUCUGUAUGAUUGCAUUCACUCUCUGUAACUUGCUAUUUUUGGAAGAGUAAUUUCUUUGUAUUGUUAGAAGGACCAUGAUUGUUGGUUUAUCAUGCCUAAGAAAAGCCGGAUCUUUUUAUUUCUUUGUUAGAGGUCUAGCAGUCUAGCUGAAGUUGUUUUAUAAGACACAUUAGUUCUUUCCAAAAAAAAUACUGGUUAUCAUACCUUUGAUUCCAGUUUGGAGUAAAUAGAUCGUAUUCAUUCGGUUACCGGUUACUACUUUCGCUAUUUGUAAGUGCUGGCGCAUGUUUCAUUUGUGCAAGACAAGCAACAUUCAUCUCAUUAUGACACUUCAAUUAUCCUUCAUUCACAUCUUUUUACAAAGCUUGCACCACCUUUACCAGUUUUGGCUUUUGACCUUGUACGUGGGUUUCGGUCAUUCUGGUCAUAAGGGGAGUGGUGUUGUGAGGGUAUACUCUUAGGUUUGAGAUCAUGCUAUACUGGCAAUUUCAUUAUUGAUUAAGUGAUUGCCCAUGCUCAUGAUCAAAGAAGUUUCCCUGCAAUAAAAUUGUUUUUCUCACGAGGCGAAAAGAAUCAGUAUUUUCAAUUUGAUAAUGUUACACUCAGGACAUGAAGAGAAAAUUCAACGGCUAGUCUCUUACUUUUAACUUUCAGACUGGU